AUGUCGGUGCUAAACUGUUCUACCAAAUUACUGAUACUGGAAAAAAUGCUGAAGAGUCACUUUCCUGAGUCACUCAAGGUUUAUGGAGCUGUGAUGAACAUAAAUCGUGGGAAUCCCUUUCAAAAGGAAGUGGUAGUGGAUUCAUGGCCAGACUUCAAAGCUGUUAUCACCCGGCGACAGAAAGAGGCUGAGAUGGAUAACCUGGACCAUUAUACUAAUGCCUAUGCUGUGUUCUACAAGGAUAUCAGGGCUUACCGACGGCUGUUGGAAGAACAUGAUGUUAUCAACUGGGAUCAAGUUUUCCAAAUACAAGGGCUGCAGAGUGAAUUAUAUGAUGUUUCCAAAGCUGUUGCCAACUCAAAGCAGUUAGAUGUAAAGCUAACCUCCUUCAAAGCCGUUCAUUUUUCUCGUCUUUCAACUCUGCCGAACACCAGUUCCCUAAUGGGUUCUUCCCCACAACUGACUUACCUGAGUGUUGCUGACGCUGAUCUUCUCAACAGGACUUGGUCGCGGGGUGGCAAUGAACAGUGUCUCCGGUACAUCGUGAACCUCAUCUCUUGCUUCCCCAGUGUAUGUGUCCGCGAUGACAAGGGAAACCCAGUCUCUUGGUCUCUCACAGAUCAGUUUGCCACCAUGUGCCAUGGCUAUACCUUGCCAGAGCAUCGCAGAAAAGGUUAUUGCAAGCUGGUGGCCCUCACACUGGCCAGGAAGUUACAAAGCCAGGGGUUCCCCUCUCAGGGUAAUGUCCUGGAUGACAACAUAGCAUCUAUAAGCCUCCUGAAGAGUGUCCAUGCUGAGUUCUUGCCUUGUCGUUUUCAUAGGCUUAUUCUCACCCCUGCAACUUUCUCUGGUCAAAUUUACCUCUAGCCCAUUGAAACUCCAGGAAUUUUCUUCCUUUCCCUGAACACAGAUAUUCCCAAGCUGCCAAUGAGGGGG